UUCCAACCAGCCUGCAGAUUAUACCACUCAAUCUCAAUACAUAUAUAUAAUAAUACAUUAUGGUGGAAAAAGUUUGUUUCUCCAUCAUCUUAUGCCUCUCAGCUUGUUUAACAACCAUCCUUUUCCCAGAGGUGGUAUAUGCUGCAAGGAGAUGCCCACAUGAUAAACUUGUCCUCAAUGACCCUGAAAAGCUCUUUGUUUUCGGUGACUCCUAUGCUGACACCGGUAAUUGGCCACCUACAAAUGCUUCCGGGUCUUGGAGGGAACCUUUUGGUAUGACUUUCCCCGGCAAACCUUCUGGCAGAUGGUCCGAUGGUCGCGUUCUCACCGAUUACAUAGCGGAAUAUCUGGGAUUAGGAUCCCCACAACCCUACAAUUUGUGGAAGGGGGAUGGCGAAGAAAAGCAGUAUGGGAUGAAUUUUGCAUACGGAGGGACAGGUGUGUUUGACUACACAAACGUUGACGGUCCGAACAUGACGACACAAAUAAAUCAUCUGCAACAACUCCUUCAACAAAAUGCGUACGCCAAACACGACCUAACAUCGUCCGUAGCUCUCGUCACCUCGGUCGGGAAUGACUAUAGGAACUAUCAUGGAGAUAUACUCGAAUUUGUUGAAUCAGUUACGAAACAGCUUAGUAUGAACCUUAAACGCAUUCAUGAGAUGGGAAUCCCCAAAGUAGCCAUAACGGCAAUGCAGCCUUUGGGAUGCCUACCCUUCAUAGCUUUUGCAACUGGCAGCUACCCAAACUGCUACGAAAAAACAAACGACUUUACGAGGUUACACAAUCAAAUGUUAAAACAAAGGGUAGACAAACUGAACGAGGAAACCGAUGGGUCACCCUUUGGUAUUGUUGACCUGUAUGCGGCCUUCACGACCGCCUUGAACAUUCAAAACGACCAGCAACCUGGGAAAUCUAGUUUCCCACGUCGAUUGAAGCCAUGUUGUUAUGGUAAAUGCGGGGAGGUUGAUGAUGAGAGUGGAAAGAAGGAAUAUGAACUGUGCGAUGAUCCAAAAAAGGCAUUCUUCUGGGAUAUGGCGCACCCAUCACAGCAAGGAUGGUUUGCUGUUUAUUCUGCUUUGAAACCUUCCCUUCCCCAUCUGUUUCACUGUGAGCAGGCCACCCCAAUUGUUUAGACAAUAAUUUAAUAUAAUGUUCAAAAUGCUAAUAAAAGCUCAGAUCAGAUGGAAAUCUGGAUCGAUCGGAUUAGUUAGUUUAGUUUUAUCUAAUUGGAAUUAGAUUUAUCCAAUUGGGUAUGGCUCAAAUAAUUGGUUUUUGAAUAAUAAUCUUAUAUAUAAAUAUUCAAUAUUCUUCCAAAAGGCUGAACCCAACCCUAAGGACCCCUACAUCCCGACUCGACAGAGCAUUUGGGAGGAAUAAAUAUUCAAUAUUAUUAGCAUGAA